CUUCCUUCGCGCUGAUUCUUUCAAAUUAAAAUUCUGCUGUAGACUCGUUUCUAAUCUACAGUGGAUCCCGGGAGGUUCGGUAAAUCUCGCUCCUCUCUUCCUGUUGUGUCACCUGAUACCGCUGGAUGACGUCAUACACCGGCUGGCGCCACCUGUUAUUUAGUUUAGUUUAAUUUUGACCCCAAUCAACAUCCUGUAAUGAUUUUUUUUAAACUAUGGAGCCGAUGGAAGUAAAUGUGACCAUUAAUAGUCUUUCUUUUGGUCAUUAACACAAUAAAUACUAUGAAGGAGAUACUGUGAAUAAGUGCUGCCAAAGAUAAGGAGAGAACAGUUCCUGUCUGAUGAGACAUUUUAAAAUCAACAGUGUGUGGACCACUAGUUUUUAUUUCACCUCAUGUUAUUCUGAGCUGAGAGAAGAAGAGUGAUCGAUCAAUCAGGAAUCAAGGAAUCAAAAUUGAUAAAUCUGACUGGAGAAGAAUCUGGUCUGAUUUGAGCUAGUCAUUUUGUGUUGUCCUGUUUAAAGAGUAUGUAUGAAACCUUUCCGUUUCGUCUGUUUCCAUGGAGACAUAUUGUUUCUCAGGUGAAGGUGACUUCUGACUUUGUCAGUUAAUCAGAUCAAAGCAGCUGAAGCAGAUUAUCAGACACAAACAGUGACACACUGUUUAUUAUUAAUACAACAUUAGUAAUAAUAACUCCACAGUCUGGAUGUUUUUAUUUUAAAUGUAGAAGAAAAUGUUUAAAUAUUUCAACAUUUAAAAUAUAUUUCACACAUAAAGGACCAAUCAGCUUCUGGCCCCACCCACUCAGUCUGUCCAGCCAAUCAGAUCAAAGAAAAAGGAAAAAAACCUCUGGAUAUAAAGAGAGUCAGCACUGCUGCACAAACAAGAGCUAACAGCAGUGAAGUGACCAUGUAAUACUCUAACUGGUCUAACUGGUUUAACUGAAGUCUGGAUGGUUUGUUGUUAGGAAGACUUUCCUUUUUUGGAUUUUACUGGUUGUGGUGGUCUUGGUCCUUGCGGUUUUGGGCCCAGUGGUUUUGGUCCUGGUGUUGGGGAUCUGCAAUAUGGAGCGUCGUCAGAGUCUGGAGGAGCAGCUCAGGUGUCCUGUCUGUCUAGACGUCUUCACUGAACCACUAAUGUUACAGUGUGGACACUCCUACUGCAGGUGUUGUGUACGCUCCAUGACGAUGGACCUGCUUGGCCAGCUGCAGUGUCCUGUAUGUCGCUGUGCAGUGGACGGAGACAGUCCUCCUCCCAAUGUUACUUUGGCUCGAAUUAUUGAAGCUCUGCAGGAAGUGAAUGUUUCAGGUGGAGCUCAGCUGGAGUCGUGUCCUCAGCACCACAACCCACUAAGCCUUUACUGUGAAGACGAACAAACUGUGAUCUGUGGCCUGUGUGGAAGCAUCGGUGCUCACCGCGGACACAAGAUCACACCUGUGAGCUCCGUCUACAGCCGCAUGAAGGAGGAUAUUUCCUGUCUGAUGACGGAGUUCCAGCAUCAGAAGCGUAAACUGGAGGAUCAGAUCUGUAAAAUGGCGCACAACAAAUCCAGGAUCACUAAUGAGUCUGACGUGCUGAAGUGGGUGGUGAGGAAGGAGUUUGGUGAACUGCGACGCUGCCUGGAAGUGGAGGAGGCGGGAUUCAUGCAGCAGGUGGAGACAUCUGCCGCUGUCCUCAUCUCAUCCCUCCAGAACCAGACGGACCAAUUAAACCACAACCUGAACCGGCUGCAGGAUGCCCACAACACCCUGCAGGACCUGAGCAAUGAGGGACACCUGGACUUCAUCAUGAAAUAUGGAUCAAUCGCUCCGAGGUUCAGAGAGAGUCAGGAGCUCCAUCAGAGGGAGGAGAGACUCUUCAGCUCCAUCAACUUCAAAGCAGGUUUCAACCACAACGACAUCAAACUCACCGUGUGGAAGAGGCUUCACCGAAAAGUCCUGCCAGCUCCAGAGCUGUUGAAACUGGAUCCUCAAACUGCUCACCCGAUGUUGGAGCUCCAUCAUGGGGACACAGUCGUGGUCUGUGGUGCUCUACUGCGGAGACUUCCUGAUAAUCAAGAGAGGUUCAGUUACAGUUACUGUGUCCUCACCAACCGAGGAUUCUCCUCCGGGAAACACUACUGGGAGGUUGAGGUGGGUAACAAACCUAAAUGGCGUCUUGGUUUGAUUAAAGGAACGACCAAUCGUAAGUCCAAGCUGGUGAAGAACCCAGAUAGCGGAGUGUGGCUGAUCGGACUGAAGGACGGCGUUUAUGAAGCCUUCUCUUCACCCAGGGUGGUCCUGCCGGUGUCGGCACCCCCUCGCCGGGUGGGACUGUUCCUGGACUACGAGGGUGGAGGUCUGACCUUCUAUAACAGUGACAGUCCUGACGACCUGGGCAUCAUCUACAGCUUCAGGCUGGAGGUCCAAGGGAAAGUCUACCCCCUGCUGGACGUCUGCUGGCAUGACCGAGGAGACAACAAACAGCCCCUUGUCCUCCCCCAGCCUCACAGAGAGCACCUCCUCCCCCUCCCCCAGCCCCAGAAACAGGACGAGUGACUGUGUCCUCCUUUAUUAGACUGGUCAGUGUCAGCUGCCUGACUGACUGACUGACUGACCAGUAAUUCUGUGUAAAGAAAGAUGGAAGCUGCUUUUACUAAUUAUUAAUGAGACAUUUAAAACUUAUUAACCAACAUUUAUUUUUGCAUUCAUUAAUGAGGGUCGUCUUUUUUUAUUUCCUUUUCUCGCAAAGUACUCAGAAACAAAUAUCUAUUAAAUAAUUUAAUUAAAGCAGUAGUUUUAAUUAUCAUGUUAAGAAUUUGAUUGUUUUCAAAUCUACACUUUGUUACUUUCAAUGAAUUUUACUGUGAAUGAACCUAAAGGUUUUUAUUUUCUUGUCUAAUUAUGAGUCAACAUACUGUCAAAUAUAAUAAAAAAUAAUUUUUUAUAAAUUCUGUGCUGAAUGUUAAUGGCACUGUCUCGACACUGUGGCUCUGGCCCCAUUAAUAUGAAAGACAUGUAUAAAAGUAAUUUAUUUAAAAACUAAUUAUUAUUAAAUACACAACUUUUUUUAAUCAACAAUGCAUCUGAUAAAUAUUAUCACCAGAUUUUAUUAUUUACUGAUUUGUGUUGUAGCUGCUGAUGAAACACCAGCAAACAAAGUUGUCAUAUAUGCAAUUAUAUAACUUUUGUAGAGUUGCCCUCAAAGACGAUACAUGAUAAAACAGUUGACAUUUUAGAAAUGAAAAGAAUGAUCGGAGCUUUGUAAACCUGUCAUUAUACAGAGUGUCAUUAACUGAGAGCAGCUCUGCGGUUUAUGUUUACAACAAACCACAGGUUAUUUUUAAACUGCAGCUUCUGAAGACACAGCAGUGGAAAGAGAGUAUUUAACAACAACCUGAAUAUCAACAUACCACAGUAUUAAUGUAGCAGAUUAUGAAUAAUCUGAAUGUAAACAUGCCAACAUAUCAAUAACCUUUAAACUGAAGUGUUAAAAUCCUGAAUAUUAAAGUAUAGAAAAACCUUAAACUUAACAUACCAAUAUGUCAAUAACUGAAAUGUAUUUAUACAGUGCCAUCACAUACUGUAUGAAAACAUGAUGACACAUGAAUCAUACAUGUAUACAUACAUGUUAGACUGACCCUAAACACAAACACUGAGGUCAGAACCAAACAAACAGCAGCUUCAUCAACUGAUCAAACAAUUGUUUCUGUGCCAAUUAUUUUUUGUUGCUGUUAUUGUUGUUGUUGUUUUUGUUGUUGUUGUUAUCCUCCUGUGUUUGUACUGUUCUCUUCUUUCUUCAGCUGUUUCCUAAAAAUAGAAAACAUUUCAACUAAAACCAAACAGUGGAAAUAUUUUCAAUUUUGUUUUAUUUGUAGUAGUAUACUAAUAUACCUGGAGUAGUAUACUGAUAUAGCUGAGGCCUGUACUACGAAGCAAGUUCAACAUACCCAGGAUAACUUUU